AUGGGGGCCCAGGGUUCCUCAUCUGCUGUACCGCAAGCGGACCUAUCACAGUUCGAUGUUUCGGACACUCCUGUUGCACAUGAGGAGGUAGGGCAAUUCAGCUUGGGCAGCGACGAGAAGGGUAGGAAGAAGGUAACAUCGAAGAAGAAGAAGAAGGUGGAGCCAAAAACUGACCGAACAAAGUGGACAGAUGAAGAAGAUGAGUUGCUCAUGUCAGCAUGGUUAAACGUCAGCCAGGAUCCUGUUGUUGGUACAGAUCAGUCCAAGGAGACUUAUUGGGGAAGAAUCGCCAAGUACUUCAACACAUAUAGGAAGCCAACUAUGAUGACUAGGUCCGACAAGGCUUUGAUCAAUCACAUGAAGCUCAUCAUGGACGCAAUUAGCAAGUUUGCGGUGCAUGUUAGGAAGGUUGAGCAGCUGAAUCCUAGCGGGACCAACGAGCGUGACAAGAUGGCUCGAGCUUACACAGCAUAUAAGGGCAUUAAGGGGAAGCCUUUUGCAUACAUGCACUGCUGGGUCAUGCUUGCCGACCACCCGAAAUGGCACGCCCACGAGUCUGCGAAGGCACAAAAACUGCAGGAUGUGGUGGAUGCACAAUUGAGCCAAGCUGCAUGCAACGAAGUGACGAAUGACACGGCCUCGAACGCUUCGACGGAGCUUCCUUGGCCUAUUGGAUGGGACGCAGCUAAAGCGGCCCGUGCGCGCAAAUCUCCUUCCACUACAUCAUUGGCAACCAUCUCUGGUGGUAUGUAUGAAAGGCACCUAGCUGAUCUUACCGAAACAAAAGAAGGUUAUGGUCGAGUUGAAGAAGGAGCAGAUCCAGGUAAUGCGCCUGCAGGCAUCGGUCUGAGUUAA